UAGCCUUCAGUUGUUGGCGAGCUGUGAAAGUGAACAGACUGGUACGGUACACGUUGCUGUAACUGAAAAAAAAACGCGUGUUUUAAAAAAUACUAUUGUGAUAUCGAAUUCAAAUAAAUCGACGAUAUUCUAAGAUUUAAAGAUUUGAACAUACGUUACAGAAAGCGACUUAACGGUUCCGUAUGUUUAUAACUUAGCAGAUAUUAGAGAAACAUGAAAAAUGUGUGGUCAGAUGUUCGGUAACGACGUUACACAAAACAAUAAAAGAGAAGACGAAAGAGUGCGCAGUGCUAGUGAAUAGUAAAAGAUUGUGGAGGGUUUUGAUAGAGCUAAUUGGUAAAAAAUAUCAACGUAUCUGUAUCACAAGAUGGGGAAUUCAAGGAAUCGCCAUGUUGGUUACCAAAUUGUCACUAGGAUGCUCACCUCUAUUUUCGUCACAGCAAUAUUUCAGGGACGGUGUUCGGCUUUGGUGGAGCAAGACUUCACUCCUACGGUAACAGCCACCUGCAAGGCGGGCUACAUGACCAUAAAUGUCAAAACGAACCAGUCAUUUUACGGUGCGGUGCAAGCACGGGACUACAGAUCUCCUGGUUGCAUGACUUACGGAAACGGAAGUCACGUGACGACAUUGGGAAUCAAUUUGCUCGCUAAUAACGGAGCUCCGGAUUACUGUGGAGUGCUCGUCAACAAUAAAACAGAAGAGAGGUCGUUGCCUAUCGCAGUGAGAGUCCAUAAGACUCUGGAGCUCGCAGACGACAAGUUUUACGUCAUCACUUGCGGCAAGGCUGGCUUCAAGAAUGCGCGAAAUGAAACUUCUCUCGUUUCCCUCAAAUUGCUGGAAAAGGGGAAGAGAGUCCAAGAAGCCGUGUAUAGCCAUCCCUAUACGCUACGUGCUGACAUCUCGCGGCCAGACGGCACUUACGGAAUUCGAGUGAAAUCUUGUUUCGCGUUCAGCAAAAGGAAUAGCACCGUGUCUCUCAUUGACGACAGAGGAUGUCCGGUGAACCCACGAGUCAUUUCACAGUUUAAGUACGACGAGAAGACCGGAGCAGCGGACGCCAUACUGUACUCAAUGUUCAGGUUCCCUGAGAGCAGCGAGGUGCAUUUCCAGUGCGACAUUGCAGUCUGUAAAGGGAGCUGCUCUGAUGUACAGUGCGAGACGGACUUGGAGCCCCUCCCUGCUGCCCAGGCUCGAGCUCAGGACAAGGACGUCUAUAGCACAGAGGGAGCGUCUAGUGACGAGGGCGUGCUAAUGGCCAGCACCACCGUCUUCGUACGGGAUCCCGGUGACGAACCCAGUAUUCAGGGACUGUGUGAAGGCGGUGUGAACCCACCCUGGCUACUAUACUUGUGCAUAGCAUUUGGAAUCAUGUUCCUCAUUAUGCUCAUUAUCAACAUCUUCCUCUGCUCUGCAAUGACAUGUUCCUGUGCUAGGACUGAAGUCAUAGAGAAGGAACCCAGCAUAAUAGAGGAUUAUGACCCUUAUAGGAGCUGGCAUGGCUCUCAGUAUGGAUCUAGGUACUCCCUUAAUGGAAAGCCUGGGUACACAUCUGGAGGGUCUACCAUGAACUCAACAAGAUCCAUCUCAACCAACAGUGACCAUUAUGCUAUUGUGCAUUCACGACCAGGCAGCCGCUACUCAGCACCGGGCUCACAUAAGGCUGCCACACUGUCACAUCCUCACCACCACCAUCAGAAUCGUGGUCCACCUUCAAAUAUUGGGUCACACUAUUCUGGAAAAUUGUGAUCAACAGCUGUAAAAUAUAAAUAUGUGUUGUUUGGAGAAUGCAGUGAUAUCUGGCAUAAUAAAGAAAGAUAGUUCAAACCUGUGGUUAAAUUCAAAACAAUAAAGUGGAAACUGUCCCAUAACACACACUAUCUGGGAUACUCCAAAUGCAUCAUUACUCCAAUGUCUUUUGGUUCUUACAUUAUUUCUUGCAUCACUGUAAACUGUUCAGAUAAUGGCAGGUUCACAUAAGAUGCAGAAAAACUUCAUCACUGUGUGAUAAAACUUCCUGUUUCUGUUAGUAGGUAGAAAAGGACUUGACCUCAGAAGUUCAGGAUGUAGAAAAAUGUGUUUGGAAAUGUACCUUGGCCAUAAGUGAUACAAAUGUCAGCAUGUAAUAUAUGGCACCCUCAUUUCUGUGUUCUGUAUAACUGCUGAUUAAGGACCUGAUCAUAUAUAGAACGUUUCCUAAAAAUGAUAGGAAUAUACAGCUUUAGUGACACCCAUACUAAUAAUUUAUAUCUAUUAGCAGUUAUUGUUUUCCUUUCUGGACACACCAAGCAGAUUUUCCAUCAGCUUUAAAAGAUAAAUAAUCCAAAGUUUUGCAACAAGAUAUACUGUUAAUUAUUGUUUCUGUUUCUCUAAUAUUAAUCUUGAACUUACGUCUGAGAAGGGUGUUUAAAGGCAAUGUAGGAAGAACCAUGACUGUUACUAUAUGCACAUUAAUUAUACUGAUAGUUUUCACAAUUAACCAUUACUUCAGUAAUCUCACCAACAUAUCCCACUGGUCCUUCAGGUCAUGAAGCCUUUGACCGGCUUGUCACAUGAUCCUGGUUUGGAAUAUCAAUGAAAAACCAAACAGUAAUAAUAAUAGAAGUUUUUGUCAAUAAGGAACUUAAUAUUCUUUAAAAUCAAGGAAUGAAGGACAGAAGUGUAAGAGGUAAAACACAUACUAACAAUGCAGUUUGGCUUCAAGUUUUUAUUGGAAAAGAAUGAAAGAAGCUAUUAGUGGCAGAUGCGAAGAAGUCUGACAAGUGAAUAUCAGUCUGGCAAUUUCUAACAGCACAGAUCUGCUUUUGUAAUGUCCCAUGUAACUAAUUCUAUUACAUAACACAGUGUAACAAAUAUUAUGUAUGAUUAUAGCAGGACAACUUUCUUGGCUGAAACCUUCUUCUCCUUUUGUUUAUUACUUAUAUUUUACUUGAUUUAACAAUCUUUCCUCAACUAUAAGUUAUAGUGUCUAAUGGGAGAGCUACUCUGAAUGAUGACUUAAGAAGAAUGUGAAACAAAGUGAUCAUGGCCUAUUUUAAGGAAAUUUUUCUGAAUUUGUCUGGGGGGACUGAGAAAA